AUGCUAUCCGACAUUGUUCUCCGCGCCGCCGAGCCCAAUGAUCUAGAAGACAUGAUCGAGGUAUUCAACGAUGCCUUCUCCGACGGGAAAUGGCACAGCCGUUGCUUUCCGCCUUCUGACCCAGAAUCCGCCAAAGGAACAGCAAUAUACAUAGGAAGUGGCUUCACGGAUACGGAGUCUCACUUAGUUGUCGCCGAAGACACGUCAUCCGGAGCACCUGUCGUCGCUGGAUGGGCGCGCUGGAUACGUCGGCCAGUGGCUGGCCCGGGGACUGAGUCCGCACCGCCCAUCUUGAACGAGGAUAUGUUUCCGCAAACAGGCGACCCAAGACUCGCGGUGCGAUUCUUAACGGCAACCUCUGAAGCGACUAGGCGAUAUACCGAGGGUCGCCCAUUUUGGGCCCUCAGCACCAUUGCUGUGCGCAAGAGCCAUCAGCGCAGGGGCAUCGGUGGAGAGUUGAUGCGCUUCGGACUGACUAGGGUGGAUGAAGAUGGGUGGAUGGCGUACUUGAACGCACAGCCCGAUGGGAAGGCAUUGUACAGGCGGUUUGGGUUCAGGACUUUGGAUGUUCAAGAUUUUGGGCUCGGCAUCACUUCGAGCCCCAUGAAGAGAGAGCCUGGAGGGGAAGCUGGACAUUAG